AUGGCGAUGAUGAUGACUGGCCGUGUGCUGCUGGUGUGUGCCCUCUGCGUGCUGUGGUGCGGUGCCGGCGGUAGAUGUGAUGAAGGGGAGGCGGCAGUUCAUGGUGUUCCACCCGAUGUUCCUGCGAGUGGUACUGAAGAUGGGCUGGGAGGGACAAGAAAUGCGGCGCCAGCACCAGAGUCACAAAUACAAUCGUCAGGAGAGGAGCAACAACACAAAUCUCGGGAAGGACGUCCCGCACUCCCAGAAGGAUCUUCCGAAGAAGAAGAAGAAGAGGAAGAAGAAACGGUAGAAGAUGAAAAUUUGGAUGAAGUAACGGAACGUGGUGAAGAAGGACGACACGAAGAUGGACAAAAUGCAAAUGAGCGGGAUGGAAGUCAGACAAGCGAAGUUUUCACAAAACAGGAGGAAACCCCACCACCAUCAACACCAGCAGCUCCAGCAGAGGAAGGAAACCAAAACGCAUCACCACAAGCACCAUCUGUUGACAGUCAUGGUGGUGGCGGGACUGAUAGAAUUGAAGGUUCCAUCUUGAAGGCUCCUUCUUCUGGGGUUGCUCUACAGCACGCCGGCGAUGCGUCUACCAAUCAGAAGAAUAAAUCUUUGGAAACGGGCAAGCAUGCAGAAAACACAAUAACUGGAGGUCCCGUCCCGUCCCAGGUGAAGGCACCGAAGGAGUCAAUAAACGAUGCAGAAAACCAUUCCGUCACUGGAGAAGAUACGGCAUCCAACCAAGUUGUUAGUAGAGGUACAACUGAAUACGAGGCACAGCAGAGAGCCUUGGCGACGCAAGACCGUUCAAGCGUGUCAUUCCCCGACAGCGAAAAAAAAUGGCACACAACGCCACAAGAAACGCCAACGACACAAGUACCGCCAUCAGCAACAGAACCAUCGUCAAGAGGAGGGCAACUACCAACAGCAACAACAGACUCACAGACACCAAAUGCUCAAGAGCAUAAAAAGUUACUGUUACCAAAAAAAAAAACAGAGUACAAUGCACCGGAACAUCCUUCAGGGGAUACUGUGGCAGAGCAACAAGGUCAAGCCACAGCCACAGAGAAUUUGACGGAGAAUGCACCUGCCACCAAUCAAGCAGAAACAACAGCAUCACCCAACUCUACAAGUGGCGGUGGUGAAGCCCGGAGUACGGCGGAUGAGAAUACUGCCAAUGCUCAACGGCCUAACCCCAAAGAACCACACGAAGAUCUUGAAGGUAUUGGUACCCACCCAGUUCCCACAGCCAGUGAGGCAGCACCUCAAACAGCAGGAACAGCUACCACCGCCAACACAACUGAUACGGCGGCGCCUGGCGACAGUGACGGCAGCACCGCGGUCUCCCACACCACCUCCCCUCUUUUGCUUCUUCUUGUUGCGUGUGCGGCUGCUGCUGCGGUGGUGGCCGCGUGA